AUGUCGUUAGGCAGUGCUUCUCACGAAUCAUUAAUGGCCUCAAAUACUUCUUCACGUAAAGUAUCACGUACAAUCGAUAUUAGUCGAGCAGCUAAUGGUGAUAAAGUAACUUUACUAAUUGAAAAUACUCGGUUCAUUGUUGAUCCUGCCGUUCUUAUUGCGAAACCUGACACAAUGUUAGGUCGAAUGUUUAGCGUUCGAAAUCAAUAUGAAGGUGUUGAAUUAGUGCAACCUAAUGAACGUAAUGAGUAUGAAGUGGCAGAGGGCCUUUCUUCAGCUUGCUUCCAAGCUAUUUUGGAAUAUUACCACACAGGAAAGAUGCGCUGUCCUCCGUCAGUUUCAGCUAGUGAACUUCGUGAAGCAUGUGAUUAUUUGCUUAUACCCUUCAAUGCAAAUACUGUUCAGUGUUACAAUUUACGCUCAUUUUUGCAUGAACUUAGUAAUGAAGGUGCUCGACAACAAUUUUCUUUAUUUUUAGAUGAUAUUAUUUUGCCGCAGAUGGUCGCUAGUACAGAGCACGGCGAUCGCGAAUCUCAUAUUGUUGUUCUUUUAGACGAUGAUGUUGUGGAUUGGGAUGAACAUUAUCCACCGCAAAUGGGUGAAGAUACAACACAAGUCGUGUAUAGCACUCAUUUAUAUAGAUUUUUUAAGUACGCAGAAAAUAGAGAUGUUGCCAAACAGGUUUUGAAGGAACGUGGUUUGAAAAAAAUUCGACUUGGGAUGGAAGGCUAUCCAACUCAUAAAGAAAAGGUUAAGCGGCGGUUCAAUAAAGCUGAAGCGUUCACAUUUAUUCAAACUUAUAUUAUUUUAUAUUUUAUAUUCUGUUAUUCAUUCAUUUAUUUAUAUGUUCUCCAUUCAUAUUGUGUUAUUUAUUUAGUUAUAUAUAAUUAUGUGCAGCGACCAUUUUUGCAUUGUUCUUGGGAAAAAGAAGAAGCUCGAUCUCGUCAUGUUGAUUUUGCUUGUCCAAUUGUAAAAAGUAAAUCCAAUCCAAGUUUAGCUAGUGCGGCAAGCGAUCCUUUGCCACAGCGUUUACAACCACUUCAUUCACCACCAGUGCAUAUGGUGAGAUAUUCUGCUGAAAUGCAUCCUAAUCAAUCAAAUUUCAGUGGUGACACUGCUACUUCUAGUUCUACUUAA